AUGGUCAACGGUGAAGAACUGUUCGAAACGAGUAUUGGCGACCAGAUCAAGUAUAAGAUCGAGCUGUUGCUGCACAUAAACAAUAUCUUAUUAUCAAGAUUACUUUCAAUUACACAAAACAGUAAAGUCGCAAUUUCGAGUUUGCCGGAACAAUUACAAAAUAUAUCCUCGCAAUAUUUGAAAAGAGUACAUUCAAAUUUACAAUGUAUUUCGCAAAUUAAUCAAGGCCAAUUAAAUUCAAAACCAUCGAUUAUUGAAGCCCCAACUUUAAUUAAUAACACAAAUUCAAACUCAAAUGCAAAUCCACAAAAUCCAGCACAACAAGAUGUCAUAUUGAAAUUUUAUUUACUACUAAAUAGAGUAUUCGAUAUUUGGUAA